GCGGCGGUGUUUGCUUUGGCUGCCAGCAGCUCCCAUGUCAGGACUACACCGACAUGAAGUAACUCCUCUCAUACGUGGACUUUCGAGACGCCUGUUCUCUAACUCUGCGAGCGACGUGUUCUCUGAUGCCUCUGCCGCUGAACUCCUGAUUUCAGCGGCGAGUCCAACGUCGAUCCCACGCUUACAAGGUCUGCCUGAAGUUAUCGUCACUGGCCGAGCGAACGUAGGCAAGUCAACCUUGCUCAAUGCUCUUCUAGGCCGUCGCAAUCUUGCACACACCAGUCAGAAACCUGGACGCACUCGGACUCUCAACUUCUAUCGUGUUGGUCGCGAGCCGGGGAAGCUUAUUCUCGUCGACGCCCCGGGAUACGGCGCGCGAGGUCGUCCACAAUGGGGCGAGGUAUUCAAUCACUACGUCAAGACGCGCGAAGAACUGAGGAGAGUAUACGUGCUAGUCAACGCGACCCACGGUCUCAACGACCCAGACCGCGCGAUGUUGCAGUCUCUCGACGCGCAAUGUCAAGCCACCUCCGGUGCGAAGUUCACAUUGCAAGCCGUCAUCACGAAGGCCGACGGCCUUUUACGGUCCAGCGAUGGUCGGGGUGCGAUCAAAGACAUCCAGAGGGACAUCUUCGAGACGGCCCCGACAUGUCUGCCAGCCAUUGUUACUGCAGCACUGGAAGAGUCCCGCCUUGGCAUCGAUGACCUGCGGAAAAGCAUAGAGGAAGCCUGUGGUCUGAUGUAAUGCUUCCUUCUCUAGCAGGGAGUCGCCGAGUCGUGCGUCUGCGCUCAAGACUAGCAAUCUCAACUCACCCAUUGGUGGUGCCUCACACGCGAGACUGCACCAUGUUCUCCAAGAACAACCGUAGCUCAUUGGUUGUACGGAAAACAACCACGAAGUACUCAGAUACAAUUCGGUGUCGAUGGGACAUUUCACGCACUCGCCGAUGAGUGUGGUAGGAGGAAUGGCCGAUAGCCAGCAUUCCUGUAUGUUGUCGAGUCAUCGUCCGGAAUACAACCUCUUUUGCGACGCCGGUGGCCUAAAAA